UCGUUGCCAAAUGAUCUAGUUGAAUGUGGUUAUAAUUUAACUGUUUGUCGUGCAGUGCCGGUUGACUAAAAAUGUAUUAUUAUUUUCAACGUUUGUUUUGUAAAAAUACCCAUAUUGUUCUACCGUAAGUUCUUGCUCUUGAACCCCGAGUUUCUAUUAAAUAAUGUUUUGUUUAUUAACAAAAUUGUUAUGAUUGUUUAAAAUAAUAUUAUAAAAGGUGCACAAUGCCACUGAACGAGCGGCUAUUAUACAAUUAUUUAUCAACUAAGGAUUAUUCCGGUAAAAACUACUUCUAUCGUGCCCAUACGUAUCCUAUAAUGAAAGCAGUUCAAAAGGGGUUCAUGGCUGGGACACGGGGCUCUCCUGACGAUGAUGGCUACAAACGAUUUACGGAAGAUAUCAACAACGUAUCCUAUGGCUCGGCAUCCACAAAUCCCAUUGAAGAAAUGGGAAGCAGAUCGAGUUUAUCUCGGCACGUGGAAAACUCAAUGGAUGUCGACCAUUGGGAGAUGAAUUACCAUGAAGCUGCUAUAUUUUUAGAGGAAGGAGAAAAUAAUGAAAAGUUUGAUUCUCAUCCAAGACAUCCCUCAGCGUUACCUGCAUACCUCUUAGUACACAAUAAAUUGUACUAUGGUCUAGACUUAUUUUUUUCAAUACUUUUGCUACUUCUUGCCUUAGUAGAAGACCCUGCAUCCUCCCAGUUUGAGUUGUCACCUAUAAUUCACAGCACUUUGGAGUUGGUUUGUUUAGGAGUUAUUGGUGUAGAGUUAGCACUUAAAUUACGAUGGAUAGGAUGGACGACAAUCUUAAAUCAUAAAAGGACUAUGAUAAAAUGUGUAACCCUCCUGAUAAUGGUAAUAGAAGCAGUAAUAGUCCUAAUAAGGCAGUCCUCCCAUUUCCGAGUUACCAGAGGUUUAAGACCCAUUUUUUUAGUAGAUACCAGAGCUUGUGGGGGAGUUAGAAGAUAUAUAAGACAAAUCUUGCAAUCUUUGCCUCCGAUUUUGGAUAUGUUGAUAUUGUUAAUGUUUUUUGUGUGUAGUUAUUCAUUGUUAGGUUAUUUUUUAUUUAGCGGGCACAACAAUAUGUAUUUCAAAUCCUUAUCAGACAGUUUUAUUAGCAUGUUUGUGCUUCUUACCACAGCAAAUUUUCCCGAUGUUAUGAUGCCCUCGUACAGCGUUACAAAAUGGAGCGCUUUAUUUUUCAUUUCAUAUAUAUCGACGGUCUUAUAUGUGUUAAUGAAUUUGAUGUUGGCCGUCGUAUAUGAAACUUUUACAGGAAUAGAAAAAGACAAAUUUAGAAAAUUAUUGUUACAUAAAAGGCAAGCAUGUAAGCUGGCUUUUCGGUUAUUGGUUAGCAGGCAAAAUCCUGAAAAUAUACGUUUUAAACAAUUUCAAGGCUUAAUGAGAUAUUUCGCACCAAAAACUAGUCAAAGAGAUGUGGUUCUAAUAUUUCGUCAACUAAACGCCUCAAAUAAUGGCAUGUUAAUCCAAGAUGAAUUUUUAAAUAUUUACGAUGCUGUGAGCCUCAGAUGGAGACUUAAGGAUCCACCUGAUCCAUGGUUUUCCGCCGCAUGGCCCCCAUUAAGGAUAUUUUGUAGAACAGCACGUUCAUUUGUAUCAUGGCCCUAUUUUGAGCAUAUUGUUUAUACUCUAAUCAUUACAAAUGGUGUUACGAUGUUUAUUAGAGUAGCCGGGUCGCCCAUCGAUUUGGAACAAGGCGCUAGACAAUUCUGUGCCUCAUGGGAUUCUUGGUUGUUCUAUGCACUGUUUUUAAUCGAAGCCAUGAUGAGAAUAAUAAGUUUUGGCUGGACCGAAUAUGUGUCAUCAGGAUGGAAUACCUAUGACUUAUCAGUCACAGUCAUGGCUAUUUGUGGAUCUGCCAUUCUCUUAAUGUCUCCUGGCUUUACAGCGGUUGUUAUCCUUAGACCUUUAAGGGUACUUCGGCUUUUCAAAAUUAAGAAGCGUUACCGAGACAUAUUUGGUACUUUAGUUCUGUUAAGUCCGCUCAUGUGGUCUACCGCAGUAGUAAUGAUGGUAAUGUAUUAUUUUUUCGCCAUUGUCGGAAUGGAACUGUUUGCCGACUAUAAUUUACAGAAUUGUUGCGUAGGUACUACGGUCGAACCGUUUUACAAAUACAACAUCAGCAACUCCGGCAUAGGUUACUACUAUCUUAAUAAUUUUUCGGACCUACUGUCAUCCGGAGUGACCCUGUUUGAACUCACAGUAGUGAAUAAUUGGUUCAUUAUUAUGGAUGCGUAUGCUUUUGUUGCCGAUGCACCGUAUUCAAGGCUCUUUUUUAUGAUAUUCUAUCUAUUUACAAUGGUUGUGCUUACUAUUGUGGUUGCCUCAGUACUGGAAGCUUUUAGGUUCAGGAUACAGUAUAAGCAGCAGACUUCGAAAAAAGAUGAGGAACUGAUGCUUCACGAAGAAGUGGUAGUGGACUGGCAUUCGUUAGAGCGGCACGUUAACGAUCCAAAAAUGAUGGAAUCUUUACAAAUGGACUUUGUUUACGGGGGUGUAUCGGCUUAUAUAGGCAGAAGAGCUCGAACGCGAGACGUAUUACAACGGCACAUGUACAUAACAGAAAUUGCCCAGUGGCUAAGGGAGGCUGAAUAUGAAGAAAGGCAGGAUAUCAACAGUAUUAUAGAAGAAGCACAGAUCAAUGCAAGGUUAAUAAAUGCUUAGUAAAGAGUCUAAAAAGCAAUCAUUAUUUUUUCUCUAAAAAUAGAGAUUCUUAGUUUGCACUUUUUUUGCAUCCACUUAAGACUUUAAUGCAUGAAGAAUUUAUUGCAUGCCCAAAGUAGAUUAGAUAAAAUAUGUUUAUUACACUUUAAUUAUUAUUUUAAUAUUAUAACUCAUAAUGCUAAUGUGAUUGAUAUGUGUUAAUACUGAUCUUAAUUUUUAAACAAUUUUUAGACGAUAUUGACAUAAUUUAUAUCAAACUCUUGGGAGAAAUUUUGCUGUAAUAUUUACACCCAUUUUAGGGUUGACAUUGGAGGCACAUUAUUUGCAUUCGCCUUCAAAUUUUAAUAGUCGUUUUCUGAUAAAGUUGUUACAAUUAGAAACAUUAAGUGAGUCUGAUGAUUGACUAAUCAUUAGUCUAGUAAACAAAAUGACACAUUUGAUCAAAUUAGCAUCAACCUGUAAAUUAAAUAUUAUUGUAAGUAAAUUAUUUGUAAUUGUAAUCUUCCUUCUAGGAUUGUAUAGCGGCUCUAAAAUGGGAUUAAUACUCAUCACGUGAACAAUUUAUUUUAUAAUGUAUAGGUACGUUUUAACUGAGUCGAUAUUGACAUUUACAUUCAUUCAUGUCAUCCAAUGUUUUGUACCUGAACAUCGGUAGGAUAUACUAUAAAGGUGAACGUCGCAGAAAUUAUUAUGCAUACAAUUAUUGUAGUGUAGUAAAAACGGUAGUUGUAGUGAGUUAAGAUCACUAAGAAUGUGUAAAUUAAUCAGGAUUAAUUUGUUUCUGCAGUGUGUUAAAUAAAGACAUCUUAAUAUUUAAAUGGGUGAUUAUUGGACCCAUUUAAAAAAAAAACUUCUUAUGAAUGUAUGUCGCAAAAGUCUUAACUCUUGAGAUUUUAUAUAAGUAUGAAACGUGGUAGAGUUUUCAAAACAAAAUCAGUUUUUUAUUAAUAAUUAAGAUAAUAUAGAAUAUUUCUGAUAUAAUAAAUUUUGUGCUUUACAUAAGUUUUUAUUUUCUCUACCAGUGAUAUCCGGAUGGGUUUUGCGUUGAAUAUUUUUGGAGAGAAAAUACGACGCCACUCUAUUAAUAAUAAAAUUCAUUUUUUUAAAUAAUGAUUAAUAUUUAAGCGAAUUUAAUCUCCUGGUCUUCUUGCCCGCAUAGAAAUAUUUGUAAAAUGUAUCUUGAUGCUUAGAAGACAUGUAUCAAAUUCAUGAAGAUAUCUACAAUAUUAUCUACUAUUAAAAAAAAAUUGAAAAAUGUACCACCCUUUACAAAAGUUAUGAUGUUUAAGAUAAGUUUUUUUAAAUAUUAGCAUGACUUUAAUGAACACCCUGUAGAAGGAUAGCUAGGACCAAAGAUGUAUUAGCACAAAUAUUGAUAUUUUUAGAGAUUAGAUAAUGUUAGGAGCAAUUGAGAAGGAAACAACAAUGCCUUAAUACCAGUUGCAGUUCUUUAAAAUGUUCUUAGUUUUUUCAGUCGUCAUGUACCAUUUAUAGUCUUCCCUUUUACUAAAAUCAACGCUUUUUAUGUUAUUAACCUGACAUUCCAUAAUAAGGGUUUUUUAACAUUUUUUAGUUACGAACAAAGCAUUUCUAUUUAACUCUUAUAUAAUUUAUUAUUUGUUUGUUUCUUUAUGGCAGCUAAAAUAUUUUUGAUUUUAUAGCCAAUAAAUAUUUUAACCUACUAAAUAAGUAAUCAUAGUGCAGAGUCUAUGCCUUUAGGUGUUGUUAUUUAUUUAUUAUUUAUAUAUCUUUUUACUAAGUUAUUUUUAGUCUCAUUUUCCAGUAUUAAUUUUAUAUUUAUAAAAAGUUAUUAUGUUUACACCUAUUA